CAUGCCUAUUGAUUCACUGCGCACCUUUGUAGAAGAGCUCCACAGGUACACUCAUGGCGAAAUCGAGAUUUGAGUACGUGCGGACGUACGAACAGGACCAAAUCCUCCUGCCAAAUACGUAUAUCGUGAUUCGACUUGACGGACGAGGAUUUCACAAGUUUUCAGCGCAUUAUAAAUUCACAAAGCCAAAUGAUAUACGGGCACUUGGCCUCAUGAACAAAGCUGCCUUUUGCUUGAUGAAGCAGAUAUCAGAUAUAUGUGGUGCAUACGGACAGAGCGACGAGUACUCGUUUGUCUUGCAGAGACGGUGCCGUUUAUUCGAUCGACGAGAGGCAAAACUGGUCUCGACAUUUGCAAGCACGUUCACAGCGUACUAUCAGUUCUACUGGAACGAGUUCUUUCCCGAUCAGCCACUAGACGCUACUCUGCUUCCUUCGUUCGAUGCUCGAGCAGUGCAAUAUCCCUCUCUGACCGAACUUCGCCACUACCUUAGUUGGCGGCAGGCUGAUUGCCAUAUUAAUAAUCUCUACAAUACGUCGUUCUGGGCGCUAAUUUUGAAGGGAGGGGAGACGGAGAAAGAGGCAGAGCACUCGUUGAUGGGCACUAAUUCAUCCGACAAAAACGAGCUUCUUUUCUCAAGGUUUGGUAUAAACUACAACAACGAGGACCCUGUAUUCAGAAAAGGUACGAUGUUGAUCAGGGACAUGGCCAAGGCAUCCUCUGCCACGCCGGAGCCUGAUCUAAAGGAUGAAAUGCCAUUGCAGGAGAAAUCAAAGCGACAGGCAGAGAGAGAGGAGAAGAGGAGACGGAAAGCUGAGAUCGUUGAGUUGCAUGAAGAUAUCAUUGGGGAUGGCUUUUGGAACGAGUCGUCCAAAUGGCUGAGUUAAACGUUUUCGGUGCUAUACAUAUUUUAUUUCAAUCUUCAAGAUGUACAUCUCAAGAUCACAGUAUUGACAUCAUGUAUAUUUCAUGUUGAUUAUCAGCGGCAGAUGAAGCAUACACUGAAUCAUGGUAGCUGAAGAAUCAAUCAGAUCAGAAUACGCGACUGACGCGAUGGAAUAAACAAAUAACCCUGUCC